AUGGCCGAGCGAUGGCCUCCUGCCAAGCGCGGGGGCGGCGCCAUGGCCGAGCGAUGGCCUCCUGGCAAGCGUCAGAGGCUGCAGGAGGCAGCGCUUCUGCGGGGCGCAUCGCGGGCGGCGCUGGACAGGGUGGCUCGCGUCCUGCUGCAGGACGACGACGAGCACGUGGCGGCGGCGACCGUGGGCGCCGACGUGGCUCGCGCGGUGGAGUUCGCGAAGGGGUACGACGAACUCGUGGAACUUCAACGCGCGGCGAGUGCAGUGGCCUUCCAGAAUCUCCAAUCCGCGUACGGCAUCACAGUGAACGAGUUCUCGUUGAUGGCCGACGCCAUGUAUGCCGUCCUGGAACUGUACCUGGCGGCGAAACGCGGCGGCUGCCCAGACACGUUCGAUGUUGAUUUCAAGCGCCAUGUCGGGUUGGCGCUCAGGAAACACGUGCGGGCCUACACGGACGCGUGGAUCGUGCCUAAGCAUUAUUAUCUUUGGCACGCAGCUGUGCAGGCGGCGGAGGAUGGGUUGAUGCUCGACUGUUUCGUGCUCGAGCGAAAACACAAGCUCAUCAAGGACACCGCGGAGCACUACGACCGCUUGGGCGGCAUGGACAAGGAUGUGAUCACCCAAGUUGUGGCUACGUACUUGCACGAGUCCUCGGCCGCGCCGCGCCAGUCGCACAAAUGGUGGCCGACCCCUGAGCUUGACGGGAUCAUCGGGCAGCGCGGCUCGCACGUGCACCAGGGGAUAUCCAGGCACGGCGCAAUCACUUGUCGUCGAGCUGCCGUCGGCGGCCUCGUCUACGGCAGCGGGGACGCGUGGCUCGAGGGCGACGCCGCGUUCCACGUCCACUGCGUGGCGGUGGCCGCGGGGCGCUCCUACCUCAUCGUGGAGCCGCUGGACCUGGCGUCGCGGCCUGCGCCUGGGGAGUCCGCGUGGACGCUGCUCGCCGCCGCCACGCGCCGGCCGGGUGGCCCGAGCGAGGAGCCUUGCGCGAGCGACGACGACCCCGAGGACAGCGGCGCCGCCGCGGACGGGACCCGCUGCCCACGCGCCCGCCACGGCCGGCCGCCGCUGCCCGGGCUGGUGGCGGCCGCGGUGGCGCUCGGCGGCCUCGCGGCCUGGGCCUCGUGGCGCCCGGCGGCACCGCGUAGGCGGCCCUCUGCGGGCGAGGCCUUGGUCGGACUGGGCGAGCGGGGCGGCGCAGGAAGCGGCGGUGGCGCGCUGGAUUGGGAGGCGAGGAGGUCGCGCUUCGGCCUGGGCCAGCGCGGCGGGGAGCGCGAGGCGCUGGACCUGUCCUGGGGCGGCGGCAGCGCCGCCCAGGCGGGCGGGGCGGCCGCGGGGUCGAGGGACCUGGUCACGGCCGGCCCGCUGGCCAGGUCGCCGGCCGAGGGUGAGCACGCCGAGGUCGGGUGGAGAGCCGGCGGAGAGGCGCACGGGCGCUCGCAGGAGGGCGCCGCGGCCCGCGAGUUCGUGGUGGUACACGAGGGCGCCCUGGAGGUGAGGGCGCACGCGAACCUGAGCUCCCUCGUGCUGGGCAGGAAGUGGAAGUGCACGGUCGUGUCGGGCCGCGACGCGGGCGGCUGGAUCGAGCUGGUCGGCGAGGCGGGCUUCUUGCUGAAGCGCUCCCUGAACGACACCGAGCUGGUGAAGCCUUUCGACUCGUCGGACACGUGCGUGAGAUGUUCCUCGGCGCAGGCGAGCUGCCUCGAGUCCAGGUGCUGCGCAGAUGCGGGCCACCAGUGCUACGCCAAACACAGCGGGCAGGCCACCUGCAUGGCCGAGUGCAUGCCCGGCCCGAGCCUCUACGAGCCGCGGCCGAUACCCUGGAGUUGCCAGAAGUUUGGCGACAGGGCGCCGGGGGAGGCUCCCCCAACGCCGCCCGAGCCCGAGUCCGCAUGGCUCGCGCUCGCCACCUGGGUGGCGUCAGUGUGCUCGAAGCCCGGCGAGGACUGCUCCAGCAGUCGUUGCUGCGUCCAGAACGGAACGCAGUGCUUCCGCAAGUCCGAGUGGUACUCCGGCUGCAAGGCCUCCUGCAGCCCAGGCCCCGACCUGCACGAUGUGAACAGCGACCCGUGGAGCUGCGAGAAGCUCGGGUUCCGCACGCCUGGCGUCGCGGCCGCCGCCGUAAGUCGGGCGACCACCGCUGCUUGGGUGGUGAGCGAGUGCACGCGGAUCAAUGAGAAUUGCACGAAGACGAAAUGCUGCAGAGAUGCGGGGGCGCAAUGCUUUGAGAAGGAUAACCAGACGGCGAGGUGCAUGCACGCGUGCGUGACAGGCGAGCCGAACCCGUUCGACACGGACUUCGCGCCGUGGAGUUGCCGUGAGCUGGGUCCGACAUGGACCCCCGCGUCCACUGUGGUCACGUCGGCCAUGAGGAAGCUGAAUGCAGAAGGACCCGGACCUCCGAUUUCAUGA